GCGGCUGCAGCCAGAGAACAACAUUAGAGCCUCACUUCUUUCCCAACAAGGUUGGCUUCUCAAGGAGCCCAGAGGCUGCCACUGGACAACGGUUCCUAGGUGGUCGAGCGCCGCGACUCCGGUGCACCCGGCAGAACAUAAAGCAGAGCGGACGGUCGCAGACGGGAUUGCGCUCCGAGAUAGUUCGUCCUCUCGGGGUAGCCGUAGGCGGCAGGGGACCGGCCAGGGCCCGAAUCCACGUGACUCUAGGGGUUGCCUAGCUUGGAGCCAUGGCGGCUUCCAGGCCGCUCUCCCGCUUCUGGGAGUGGGGGAAGAAUAUCGUGUGCGUGGGCAGGAACUACGCGGACCACGCGAAGGAGAUGCAGAGCGCAGUACCUAGCGAGCCCGUGCUCUUCCUGAAGCCGUCCACCGCCUAUGCCCCCGAGGGCUCGCCCAUCCUCAUGCCUGCCUACAGCCGCAACCUGCACCACGAGCUUGAACUUGGCGUAGUGAUGGGCAAGCGCGGCCAUGCAGUCCCGGAGGCUCAGGCCAUGGACUACGUGGCCGGCUAUGCCCUGUGCUUGGAUAUGACCGCCAGGGACGUGCAGGACGAGUGCAAGAAGAAGGGGCUGCCCUGGACUCUGGCAAAGAGCUUCACAACCUCCUGCCCCGUCAGCGCGUUCGUGCCCAAAGAAAAGGUUCCUGAUCCUCAUAACCUGAAGCUCUGGCUCAAGGUCAAUGGCGAACUCAGGCAGGAGGGUGAGACGUCCUCCAUGAUCUUUACCAUCCCCUACAUCAUCAGCUACAUUUCUAAGAUAAUGGCCCUGGAAGAAGGAGAUGUUAUCUUGACCGGGACGCCAAAGGGAGUUGGCCCUGUUGAAGUAAACGAUGAGAUCCAAGCUGGCAUACACGGGGUUGUCAGUAUGAGAUUUAAGGUGGAAAGGCCAGAAUAUUGAGUCUACACAAAGCAGCCAAACUUCUUAAGCUUCAGAAGAGAAGGGAGCUGGACUGAAGCAAGCAAAGGUUAUUAAAAGUGACAGUCCUUUAAUAAGAAACCAGUUUUUAAAGAUGGUUUGAUUGUCUUGCUAUGCCUCAACUCAGGGAAGACGGGAACUCCAAGAAAAACAUGCUCUAGAAGAGCUGGGUCAGAAAUGGAAAGGAAAGUAGAGUGCCAUCUGUCAUCUAGGAAACAGACUUGUGAUGCCUCCAAUGAGGCAUGAAAUGUUCAGACUUACUUUCCUUUACUAAAACUGGACUGGGUAAGACUUCAGUGAAUCAUUGUGGGAUCAGUAGUUCAAGAAUUAAAAUCUGCAAAGGAAGUUGAAAAGCAUGUUUCAAAUCAGUGUUUCCCACAUUUCUUUGAUCAUUGUAAUUAUCUGGAGGUAUUUGUAAAAACAAUAUUUCCAAAUUACUGGCCCAUACCAGGCCUACUGUAUUAAUUAGCAGGAUUAAUCUCCAGCACUCCAAGUAAUUCUUAAGAAAUGUGGAAAAACACUACUCCACCUAAUCAUUUAUAAUUUUACUUAAUAAGUUAACAAUGAAUGGUGACCUCACUCGUUUGUACCCUGGUUCGUAGAUUCUGAGUUUGAUAAUUUUGAAAUUACUGUUUCCAAAUAAAUAUGCUGGCUUUUC